AACAGAAAAACAAAAAAGUUCGUUCUCUCUCUCUCUCUCGACUCUCUCUAGUCUCUCUCGAGACUCUCUCUCUCUCCAUUGAUUUCUUCUACACACAGACAAUUCCGAACCCCCAACUCAUAUCUCUCUCUAUUUGCCUUUCAUCGGAUCUGACUUUCUCCCGAAAAUCCACAAUCUGAUUUUUCGAAUUCUGCAAAACCCGCACAAUCCCCAAAUCCAGCGACAAAAUAUUGCUUCUGUUUGAUCAAAUCACACAUUUAUUCCGAUGGGAAUGGCUUCGCUGGCCACAACGAAGUGACCAUGAGCAACCAAAACGAGGAAGAGGACGAGGAGAGCGAGUGCUUCUACGAGUCUCUUGAUCGCUUAGCCUCUUCCUCUUCUUGCUCUUGCUCCGCUUCAAACUCCGAUUACGAUUCCGACCUCGCCAAUUCGGAAUCUUCUCCCCGGAUCUCCUCGGAAGAACCCAACGGUACUCGCCGCCGCCGAUACCCAUUCCCCGUCCCACGGUUUCCAAUGGGUUCCUCAAGGUUCGACGUUUGGAUCUCCGAACCCGCUUCUGUCUCUGAGAGGCGCUCGAGGCUUUUAAGCGAAAUGGGUCUCAGCCGCGAACCUCUUCACUCCCGGUUAAAACCCGUUUCCGAUUCCGGCUCGAAUGGAGCAUCCGACAUUUCCCGAUCGAUCUCGUGUAAUCAAUUGGUCCGGCGAGAUCACGGGGAGUCUGUCGGCGGCAGUGCUACCUGCGUCACGAGAUCGAAAUCCGAAAUUUCCACUAGCCAAUGUGGAGAUCGUGACCGUCGAUGUCCUCCGCCGGGUAAUUCUUGCUCUUUUUCUGACUCUAAACUUUCACAUUCCGAGAUCAGUAAAACCAGCCCGCCAUUUGUAAAUUGCAAUUUCUCGCACAAGGGUGAUCUUAAUCACGGAUCAGUUAGAGCUGAUUCGUCAAUGGUUUGUGAGAAUUCGAGUGAUUCCUCGCGCUUAAAUGGAAAUUCUGAAUGCGUAUUGAGAAACCCUAGCGAGUGUGUAGUUAAUGAGGAAGUGGAAGUGUGUACUAUAAAGAAUCUCGAUAAUGGGAAAGAGUUUGUGGUGAAUGAGAUUCAAGAAGACGGUACAUGGAAAAAGGUAAAGGAAGUUGGAACUGACACACAGAUGACGAUGGAGGAGUUUGAGAUGUGUGUGGGACAUUCUCCCAUUGUUCUGGAGCUUAUGAGAAGACAAAACGUCGAGGAUUCCGAUAAGGCCUCUACGAGAUCUAAGGAAAACGAAGACUGUGGUGGUAACAAUAACAAGUCUAAGAAGAAAGGAAGCUGGUUUAAGAGCAUAAAGAGUGUUGCAAGUAGCAUGACUGGUCAUAGCAAAGAGAGACGAAGCAGCGAUGAUAAAGAUACAUCAUCAGAGAGAGGUGGUCGGAGGUCGAGCUCUGCUACAGAUGAUUCUCAGGAGUCUUCUUUUCACGGCCCGGAAAGAGUUAGGGUUAGACAGUAUGGCAAGUCCUCUAAAGAACUCACGGCAUUGUACAAGACGCAGGAGAUUCAAGCGCAUAACGGUUCUAUUUGGAGCAUUAAGUUUAGUUUGGAUGGUAAAUAUCUUGCUAGUGCUGGUGAGGAUUGCGUCAUUCAUAUCUGGCAAGUCGUCGAAGCUGAAAAGAAAGGAGAGUUAUUACUGGAUAGACCGGAACUGUUGCUUAUGGCUAAUAAUGGGUCUCCGGAACCAACUACUAUGUCACCAAGGAGAAGAGGGAGAACUUCUAUAAGUAGAAAGUCAUUGAGUUUAGACAACAUAUAUGUUCCAGAUUCUGUUUUCGGGCUCUCGGACAAACCCUUCUGUUCCUUUCAGGGACAUUUGGAUGAUGUGCUUGACCUUGCUUGGUCCAAGUCUCAGCAUUUGCUUUCUUCAUCAAUGGAUAAAACAGUUCGUCUGUGGCACUUGUCCAGCCAGACUUGCUUGAAAGUAUUUUCCCACAGUGAUUACGUGACUUGCAUUCAGUUUAAUCCGGUUGAUGAUAGAUACUUCAUCAGCGGUUCAUUAGAUGCAAAAGUUCGUGUUUGGAGCAUUCCAGAUCGCCAAGUAGUUGACUGGUAUGAUCUUCAUGAGAUGGUCACCUCUGCUUGCUACACUCCAGACGGUCAGGGUGCGUUGGUUGGUUCAUACAAAGGUAGUUGUCGCCUGUACAGUGCAUCAGAUAACAAGCUGCAACAGAAAAGCCAGAUAAAUCUACAGAACAAGAAGAAGAAAGCUCAUCAAAAGAAGAUAACUGGUUUCCAGUUUGUGCCUGGAAGCUCAUCUGAAGUCCUUGUCACAUCUUCUGAUUCUCGGGUCCGUGUUGUCGAUGGAACUGAUCUAGUUAACAAACUUAAAGGGUUUCGGAAUACGAGCAGCCAAAUCUCUGCCUCAAUCACAGCAGAUGGGAAAUACGUGGUUUCAGCGAGCGAGGAUUCACAUGUGUACGUAUGGAAGUACGAAUCUCCUGCUUCUCGAACAAGCAGGAGUAACAACAACAAGAACGUUAGUGUCACAAACUCGUACGAGCAUUUCCAUAGCCAAGACGUGUCUGCAGCCAUCUCAUGGCCCGGAAUGGCCUCAACAGAGACUUUGGGAACGACCCAAAACAAAGCCGGGUUCAACGGAAACGCCAAUAACUUGGACGAAAUCUCGACAGCUAACCAUCCACCUACACCGGUGGAGCAGCCGGGGACUCUGGAUCGAUUGAACAGUCCACGGAAUGGGAUCAUUUCGAGCGCAACAAACGGAUACUUUUUCGAUAGAAUGUCAGCGACUUGGCCUGAAGAGAAACUGUUGUUUGGAAGGAACAGAAGUGGGAAUCGUAUGAGUACUGAUUUGUCUUCAAUUGGAAUUGGAAUUGGGAACUCAGUGAAUGUGUCGCCUUCUUGGGGAAUGGUGAUUGUCACUGCUGGUCUCAGGGGAGAGAUUCGAGCGUUUCAGAACUUUGGUUUGCCCAUUCGGUUUUGAUAAAAAUGUUGGUAAAGAAAAUCGAGUGAGGUGUGUACCUUCUUUAGCGAGUUUUUUCGUUUUGAUUUUUUUUAUAUAUAUAUUCUUCUGUUACAGAUUCAUUUCCAAGAAAAGAGAAAGAAAAACUACACUGAUCUUUAAAGUGUUUACAUACACGAACAGAUGUAAGAUGUUUAUUGAUUGGGAUAUAGAAAGAGGAAAAAAAAAAGAGAGAAAAAAU